CGAGUCGUAAAUAGCCCAUCCUCCCUAGCUUUCAGGUUCCAGCCGUCGCGUUAACUGCCGCCUCCCCCCUCCCUUCUGCCGCACGGAGCCCAAACCGCGGCGGAAUCCUCGCCCUCCGCCCUCCAGGGAGCCGCUGCGGCGCCGGGUUUCGUGCACCGACUUGUUUGCCCGCCUCCACCUCCUCCGCGGCGACCCAUGGCUCUCCUCGCCCCCGCCAUCUCCGGCGAGGUUGGUUUGCGGCUCUUAUUGGCACCGCUAAGCUCUAACGUAGUCAUCCGUACAGCCAGUUGUGCUGUGGGGAUCGGUCUACCCAUGUACUCCACUUUCAGAGCUAUAGAGAAGAAGGAUGAGAAAGAGAAAGAGCGGUUGCUUUUGUAUUGGGCAGCAUAUGGAUCUUUUAGCAUCGCUGAAGUGUUUGCAGAUAAACUUCUAUCAAGUGUUCCACUCUAUUAUCAUGUGAAGUUUGCUAUCCUUGUGUGGCUCCAGUUCCCUUCAAACAGUGGAUCAAAGCAUGUAUACAAAAGACACCUGCGCCCAUUUUUCCUGAAACAUCAAGCAAAAAUUGAUAGGUUUCUGAAUAUUCUGUCAAAGGAACUUACGAAGUUUGUGAGCAGCCAUGAAGAUGAAAUUCGUUUUAUAGAGAACAUGGCCAUCAGAGGCACUACAACAGCAAACUACAUUGUAAAUGGCCUCGACCAACCUGAAGAAACACAAGCGGCUAAUAGAAUUGAAGGUCCAAAUACAACUGUGACGGAAGAAACUGGUGUGUCAGGAACUGAAACUUAAGCUGAACUUUCUAUCUCUGCUCAUGAUCUCGAUGCAGCAAAUACGAUCUGGUUGGAUAUGCUUCAAAAUCGUUCGUUGAGGUCACCCAGCUUGUCUGGAUUGUGAAUACGACUGUUCCUGAAAGGCCAAAUCUAGAGAUAAUGUUUUAGCUUUAGGUAGAUAUCCAUAUAGCAACUAAAAUGGGUGCUGGACAAAUUUGUAGCACCCGUUGUGUUGUCACCUUUCACGUUUGAGCAAUUUGAAUCCUGCGAUGAACAAUCUUUAUAAAGCAUGAGUUCGUUGUGGUUAGCAUGCUUUGGAACA